AUGCGUGCUAAGACAGUCACGGACUGCACCGAGAUAGAGUCAUUCACCAACACUUUGGCGGAGGUCAUGUGUCACCCCCGUAGAGUCGCUAGGCUCGCCGAGGAGGUCACAAUGCACGGGUUGCCGACCGCCCCGGCAGGGUUCCGAAGGCUGGUGACUACCAUCAUUGCUAGACUCAGCAGCUCGAGCCCUUUCAAGCUGUCAUUGGAGGCCCGUCUCUUCAACGGGGGCAGCGCUUCGCUGUCGGCAUUGCCCGACACGGCAGUUGAACGCCUCUGGGCCAGGUUCAGGAAGGACGGGGCUGAAUAUGGUCCAGCCGGAGUAGUGGAGAGCAUCUUGGUCCUGCUACAUGACGCUCUGGCUAGCAAGGAAUGUCGGGGGUCACUGGUCGUGGGCAGAAGGCUGAAAGAAUACUACACGGUAUCGGAUCAGUGUGUUGGUGGUGGGGCAUAUGGUACUGUCCGCUUCUGUUGGCCUAGUGUACGCCGGACUGUGGAUGUGGCCACACCGAUGGCGACUCCAUCGCAGGGGGGUCCUAGUCAAGAUAUGCGGAGGAUGAUGAGACAACGUUCGGCCGGGGUCCACGCCACGCCGUCGCAUAGAGGAGGAGGGAGUCCAGCAUUGGGGCCUAGGAAGUCCCCUGAUGUGGUAUCGAUGUCCAAUAGAAGCUGUCGAGUCGUCCUCCUUGGUGAGAUAGGAGCAAUGCUAAGGCUGGACCAUCCCUGCAUAGUCAAGAUGCAUGAGUACUACUCCAUCACCCUCCGCCUCUUCCUACCCCUGGUAUCCAGCGUGGCAUUGGAGACAGCCAAGGUCCGUGGGACUGGUAUUAGCUUCGAUGAGGCUGUCGAGAUAGUCCACCAGCUGACCCUAGCUGUGUCUCACACUCACUCUAGGAAGAUCAUCCAUAAGGACAUCAAACUGUGCAACAUAGUGGUCAACGGUCUACGAAUGCAGUACAGUCACCAUCACUAUCAUCAAGGCUCUCCCCAUGCAGGACAGCUCCCACCGGAACUGACAACACCCCCACAACCACAACAGGAGGACGAGGAGCAUGCGAUGAGGUUGCUGCGUCUGAGGGUCACACUUCUGGACUUCGGCUUUGCGGAGACUCUGAUGGACUCGAGGGAGCGAAGGAGCAAAGCUGAGGGCAGCCCUAUGUAUGCAGCCCCGGAGGUAUUCGAACGUAACUUUGGACUACUGUGUGACUCCUGGUCUCUGGGAGUUGUAGCGUACAGUCUGUUUACCGGAGGUAGUUUCCCCUUCCAAUGCAGCAACGUAGAUGAGCUCACCCAUAUCCUCCUGCAAUCUGAUUAUCAUGACCUCACUAAACAGUCCUGGCAUGCUGCAAUACAAACCCACGUAUGGGAUGUCGUCUUCCGAUGGGAAGGGCCACUGGGCGUUGCUCGUUAG